UGUGUCAACUAAAUGCUGUCAACUAUAUGUUUCCCAUCACCACACCAUGCUGACACAUUCUCUCCACAAUUUUAUUGGCACGCAUGUGUAACCUUGCCAUCUAAAUUGUAACGCUGGUAUUUGUAUUUUUAAGACGUUUUGACCUAUUUUUACUUAAAUAUUCAAGAGGGCUACUUUGCAAACCACGAUUUCCUAGCAGCGGUGAAGGCACCGCGCGCAACCCUGUCCAAUCACCCGUCUCUAUUUUGUGGCGAAACAUUUUGAACCCAAGAGCGCCUUUUGUGUUGGUUCAGUUAGCGCUUCUACUUUCACCACCUAGAAAUAUCAACAAUACUUACUUUUAAAUACAAUAUGGACGAGUUUUUGAAGAAACAACUGUGUGACAACAGCCUGACCUACAAAAGGUCACUGGCUCGAAUCAUAGACAAGUAUUCAAAGCUUCAAUACCAAGACGGGGGGAUAGAGGUGGACCUCGACGAUAUGAAACCACAAACACUUGAACACUACAUGAAGCUAUCAAAAACGGAGCUCAACAAGCUGGAAUCAAAGAGCCUGACAGACUUGAGAGAUGACUCAUUAAGAGCCCAGGACAUUACAAGAGACUCUCAGUUGGACAUCACACAUCAAGAUAGUGGAGCUGAUGAGACUUGUGUUUCUAGUAUUUCUAGUGUUUCCACUACCCAGUUGUCUGUGGAGGAUGACGGGAUGGCUAGAAGUGACACAACUCAGCUGACUGUGAGCUCAUUGGAUCAGAGUCAGAGAAGCCUUUCUGAGACGGAGUUCCAGCCCGAGGACCAAGACGAGGAGCUGGAAAUGUCUCUGAGAAGUCACGGCAGCUCUUUGGUGGAGCUCUACCCAAGCAUGAUCAGUCGAAUAGGGAGGGCCUGGCAUCGGCAGCAUGUCUCCGAGGCCGCUGACUCGGUGCUGAGGAGGUAUCGCAGGUGGCGACAGCAGUCAAACAAAAGCUAUCUCAACAACACCUUCAUUGUUAUGCCGAGACAGGCCAGCAGCAACUCCAGAAAAAUGACCAGCAAGACGCUGCUCAAGGAGAACUCCGACAGCCGCGUGAAAAGCCCUUUCAUGAGAACUGAAACUACAGCUCGGUCUCCCUUGCAGAUAGUAAACAAUCUGCAGGAUUGGCAAGCACAGCCACAGUCUCCUGGGAGGGUAAUAGGCUCGGUGAGAAGAGAGCAGCACCAGCCUAUCCUUGUGAUGGACCUCUCUGAAACCUCUAAACAAAAAGAGAUCUCACUGAAUGAGACCUUCACUGUGUCUCAACUGUCUCCUCCCGAAGUAUCCCAGCUGGGAGAACAGACCUCCACUUACGCUGUCAGUCCUUCACGACCUUGCUAUCCCUCUGCGAAGGCAUCCUUGGACCUGUCUCUCAGGUCUAAAAGGUUCUCUCUCGCUGUACGCUCACCGCAGAGUGAUGGGUGCUCCAUGUAUGCAUCGGAAACCACUGCCGUCAAAGACAUGCCAGACAUCUACGGCUCCCCACUCAGGCAGAGUCCCUUAAAAGCGAGGAUGAUGACCAGCCUCAGUAGAUCACCUCUUGCCUUUUCCAGAAGCCCCAAAGCAAAUUCUGUGGAAAGCUUUUCCAGCGAGCCUAUGAGGCCCAGAUUAACGUCCACUUCUCUGUCCUCCCCUCUGCAAAAGCGACCUGUGCCGCUGAGGAUGCUUAACCCUCAUCGAGACUCCCAUCAUUCCUUCCAGUCACAGCUGCAUUCACCUCAGUCAGCCGCAGCAGCAGAAGGUCGCCACAGGCUCCGGCGGCACCUUUCCUUUGACUCGUCCCUGCCAUCGAUCCGUGUCUCUUACUCACCAAAGAAGCUUGACGAGGACUUUAUAAAACUCUACCACAAGUUUGUCUGCCAGAACAAAUCAUCUUUUUUUAAUGGGCAUCCCUGCCGUUUCUGUGCCAGAAGCUCUGAGGCCAGCAGAGGCCACUCUUCCUCAGCCCUGGCGGCUCUUGCCUUGUCACCCCACCGCUCUGUCCUCAGGAAACGCCACAGGGAGUUAUGCUGGGAGAGCCACCCCCAGUCCAAACGCUUCAGGGACGAGUACAGCACAUCCUCCCCAGGAUCCAAACGCCAUGGAAACGAGAUGCUGAGGCGCAGGAUCUGUCCGUCUGAAUACGAGCAGUCACAUGAUGACCGCUCCUACAGCCCCAGUAAACACGAGACAUUUCAAAGCACACACAACUGCUCAGCAGGUGCACAUCAGGAAACCUGGAUGAGCCAGGGCCGCCACGUAUCAGCAGCUGAAUUUUCUGCGCUCGGAGGUUCACUCAAGAGCAAAAUGGCCAAUGGUUACUCCCCCAGCAUGUACAGAAAAUGGUGAGCAAGGCCUGCCCACAAGAAUCCUCUAACAAGUAUCGCUGUGCUUUUAUCAUGUAACAAACGUCACUGUGAAUGUAUUGUGUAGCAGUGAGGUUUCCCAUACAAAUAUUGGUGAAAAGUGGAUAGUACAGUACCCGAUAACCAAACAGCGACACUGGAAACAUUUGGCUGGCACAGUGUGAGCUCAGGAAAAUUUAUUACUGAACUGUUGUGACAUGUUUAAGCUCCAAGUGUUUAUAUGUCCAGUUGUGUUCCAUCCUAGUUUGUGUUCCUGUUUGGAUGUUUUAAUUUUUACGAUCUGUUCAUUAUUAAAAUAAAAUUGUGUAAAUGUGAAAAUGA